UCGCGGCACGUUACACCAUCUCACCAGCCCAGGGCAGUUUCGUCAAAUGAGCGAGUCUGGCUGGCAGAGGCAGGGCAUUUCACCCUCUCUCUCUCUCUUUCGCCCCCUCUCUUUACUGCCUCUUAUUCAAAUGUGGGUCAGGGGUGAGGAUUUCUAACGUCACACGAGCUCGCAAAGCAAGAUGGCGUUUGGAAAGCUGUGAGAUGUGAAAACAGGAUGGCUGUUUGAAGAGCUACUGUCAAUGCAUUAAGGUUUUAUAGGUUAAGAAAAAGAAGUUGGAAAUGGAAUUGCCAAAUCAUGCCAAACAAUUGCUGCUGCAGCUGAACCAACAAAGAGCCAAAGGUUAUCUGUGUGAUGUGAUCAUAGUUGUAGAAAAUGCCCUUUUUCGGGCACACAAGAACAUCCUGGCAGCCAGCAGUAUCUAUUUCAAAUCCCUUAUCCUUCAUGACAACUUGAUUAACCUAGACACGGACAUGGUCAACCCGUCGGUUUUCCGGCAGGUUCUAGACUUCAUUUACACUGGCAAGCUUUUGUCCUCCGAUCAGUUCAGUGACCACAAUUUCAAUGCCCUUCUGACAGCAGCAAGCUACCUCCAACUUCAUGACCUGGCUGCUCUCUGCAGAAAGAAGCUUAAGCGCAAUGGAAGAUCCCUUCUUAAUAAACCCACAACCCCUUCCAAUGGAAGAAAUUCUAGGAACCAAAGGUUGUCUUCUACACCUGUAACUCCAAACAAAAUGUCAGGGUUAAAAGACAGUGAGAAGACGAAGAGGCAGGAGGAACUACUCAAAGAUGACUUGUCUGAGGAUGAGAUUUUUGUGAGAAACUCCACAAAUUCAAUCAGUCCCUCUACGAUUAAAAACGGAAACAAUGGUAACAGCAGUUGUGGCAUGCAGGAACUUGGUCUAGACCUUUCCAAGAAAAGCCCCUCAGGGAGCACAGCCACCGAAGAAGUAAGUCCCAGCAGUAUCCCACAAGAAUCACCUCAAUCUGCCUCAGAAUCCACAGCCAACAGUGCCUCAUUUGAUGAGAACACCAACACGCAGAACCUCACUGGGGGAGAGCCCAUGGACCUUGGUGGAGGUGAAUGUGAAGAGAACCAACCACCUCCGGACAUGGACCAGCAUAAAAGUUCCCGUCAGGUUACACGACAGAGGCGGCAACCCAAGAGUGAAGGCAACAGGGGUGAAGACCCGGAUCAAGGGCCUUUACCCAAUGGAGUUGCCAAAAGAUUGAAUGUGACUGGUAGAAAUGGCAACUCUGAACUGUACUUCCAGUGCAAAGAUGAGGAAGACUGUUUAGAGAAUGAGCAAAGUGAAGAGAGUGGACAGAGCGAGAGCGAAGGUGGACGGAAUAGCACCAAUUACAUCUAUCGCCAGGAAGGCUUUGAGCCUGCCCUUGGUGACAACCUUUACGUUUGUAUCCCCUGUGGUAAAGGGUUCCCGAGCUCUGAGGAGCUCAAUGCCCAUGUGGAGACCCACACAGAGGAAGAGCUGUACAUCAAAGAGGAGGAUGAUGAUUCUUAUCCAAAGGAAGAUGAAGUAGAAGCAGAAGACUUGUCUUCACAAAUAACCCAUGUCCAAGGCACAGAGUCGCGUCGCUUCAGCUGCUCAGUCUGCAACAAGAGCUACAAAGAUCCGGCCACUCUCCGUCAACACGAGAAGACCCACUGGCUUACCCGUCCCUUCCCCUGUAACAUCUGUGGCAAGAUGUUCACCCAACGUGGCACCAUGACGCGCCACAUGCGCAGCCAUCUGGGGCUGAAGCCCUUCGCCUGUGAAGAGUGCGGCAUGCGCUUUACCCGCCAAUACCGGCUCACAGAGCACAUGCGGGUGCACUCAGGUGAGAAGCCGUACGAAUGUCAGCUAUGUGGGGGCAAGUUUACCCAGCAGCGUAACCUCAUUAGCCACCUACGAAUGCAUACCUCCCCGUCAUAAGCCAAAGACACCUUGAACAGGAUACCCUCAGCAAAAAGAGACCACGCACACAUCUUUCUUUGAAGUCCACCGCAAGGAACGGAUAACCCAAAGCAGGAUUCUUUUCUGCUCUGACUAGACUAGAGGAGCCAUUCAAACAAGGAUCCCUAACAAUGGAAAGAUUAAACCAAUCGGUAUGAUUUUAUAGGCUUAUAAUUUUUGUUUUAAUUUUGCUGUGAAUGUAAAACUGGUAUACUGAUGCUGUUGUAUGACUCCAACCACUGCAAUCUAUGUGUUGGUUUUAUAAGUCUCAAGUCCAUGUGGUCUGUCUUGAUUGUUAUUUUGGUAUCCCAGAGCAUAUUCUUUCUUUUCAUUCUUGGUCAUUCAAAGAGUAUCGCUAAUGGCCUGAACAGAGAGUUCUGGUGGUAUGUAUUAUGUAGAACUCUCAACAAAGUUUAGGCUAUGACCAAGUUAUUCUAUGCGCAUUAAUGUAUUGUGAAUUUAAAAGGUUCAAAUUCUUUGAAGUGUCUCUAAGGGUCUCAGACAUAGUGUUGUCAGACUUGCGAGAUAGCUUGUCUGUUGUUAUUUGUACGGUAUUUCAUGAAAGCUUUGUGCAUCCAACCAAACAUUUCCCAGUAUGCCUACUCUGUACCUCGUACCAAUUGGCUUAUUCUAGCUGUAGCUGGGAAACCAUCUUUAAACUUUUGGACUGUAACAGGACCUUCUGUGGAUCAUCGACAGAGAUAUUGGAGCUUUUGAGAUUGCUAUACCUUAAUAUACCUUGCUGUAUCCCACCUACAUCUGGACGUAAGCCAAUGGCAACGUGGUGACGAAAGGCCAUGGGCAUCCUUUAAGCCGUGUCAUGUACUCGAAUAGUAUAUAUGGGUUUACUCUCAAAGAAAAGCCAAACCUAAAGGUACUUGUUUUAAGAUUUACUUUAGAUAACUUAUUGAUAUGCUUUUGUGAAUGUUUUAACUGGAAGUUCUUUCGAUUAUUUCUUUUGGGAUCAGAGAGGGCUGGGUUGGUUCGGGUGAUGGGUUGGGUAGCAUUCGUUUUAGUGACGUUGAACUUAAAAAAAAUCCAUUGGUACUGUUAUUUUUCCACUUUUUUACGUUUUUCCCUUCACUGAAAAAAGGCAAGUCCAUACGGUCUUGUCACAUUGCUACCUCUUAAUUCUUGAGAACAAUACAUUCAUUGGACAUAUUGAGGUCUCUGAAUAUACAGUAGAUGUGUAAAAUUUGCUGAGGCUUUUAAAGUAGUUGUAACCUACCCAUCAACAAAGGUUUUAAGUUUUAAAAGCAUUAAUGUAGGCUAUAGCUUCUUUGGGCGCAUGUAUUUAAGAUAUUGAAAGUUUUAUGUCAGAGAAAUCCAAAGAGAAAUUGUAAUAUUGGGGAGAAUGGCAGAUGUUUCAUGUAGAAUAUCCCUACCAAAGGUUUUAGAUUACAUUGCAGGAGGUAAGGAUGUAAUUUUUGUCUUUUAGUUUUUGACAAAGAGCAAUGUAGUGGUUGCGUUAGUUUGUACUUGACAUUUACUAAAAAAAAAACAGUGAACUUGCUUCUGCCGGUUGGUGGGCCGGUGGCUUUCCAUUUGUGAAGUUUACAAUAGUUUUUCAAUAGUGUAUUUGGGUUUCUUUCAUUGUCUGCAGAGGGACUUUGAAGAUGUUCAGAAGGACUAAUUUAUUUUAGUUCAGACCAAGAGAAAACAAGAGUAGCAGGUGUCUUUGUGUUACAUGUCAACCAUAUGUGGAAAGCUUACUGAGUGAGGAAUUAAUGCAGUGAUGCUAAGUAACAUGGCAUUGCAUAAAAAAACAUUAUCAUUUAUUAAUUCGAGGUAUAGGAAUGAUGUAUAUGCAUGUUGAAAGAAUUUAAGGUUAUUCAAAAUGCUGGUAAUUGUGUUGGGUGAAUGUUACAUUGUCAGUGUUAGGUAAAUGCUGAUGUAUGUAUUUAUCGUUCAGUGCUGAAAUUUCUUGCUGCCAUCUUCUUCAUUUCAUAACUCGGUUACAGAUUAAGUUUUUUCGCCAAUCCAAGUGCAUCACAUUCCAUGUGUAAUUCUUAGCCUUCUUAUUGUUAAAGUCUUAAUGGCAUUUCUUUUUUGGGUCGUUUUCUCCAAAGUCUUGUGUUUUGGCUUGCUAACGAUGAACUUUGUGGUGAAGCUAUAGUCAUUUUAAAUGGAGCACUGUUUACACUUUCCUGGAAUCCUAUAUAUUUUUAAUUCGCCUUUUACAUUAAAUUCAUCUCCUUUAGUUUAUUUAAGUCAAGACACUGGAGACAUUUGUACUGCGCUUAUAAUUUCACCUCAUUCCAUUACUGCCCAAUAUUACUGAUUGCCACAUGUUCAAAAGUGUUAAACGAUUGUUAUUGAUUAGAGUCAUGUCAUUGCAGUAUUGCACACCAAAGGUAACCAAAAUAGCCAAUGAUACACUAUGUGGCCAAAAGUUUGUGGACACCAUAUGUGCUUGAUGAACCUUCAAUUUCAAAACCAUAGGCAUCAAUUUCUCCCUUUGCUGUAAUAACAGCUUCCACUCUUCUGGGAAGGCUUUCCACUAUACUGUAUGUAGUAACAUGGCUGCAGGGAUUUGCUCUCAUUCAGACUCAAGUGCAUCACGUCCGGCACUGAUGUUGGGCGAUGGGGCCUGGCUUUCAGUUGGCAUUUCAAUUCACCCCAAAAGUGAUCAGUGGGGUUCAGGUCUGGGCUUUGUUCAGGCCAGUCAAUUUCUUCCACAUCAGACACAGUAAACCAUUUCUUUAUGGACUUUGCUUUGUGCACAGGGGCAUUGUCAUGCUGAAAUAGAAAAGGGCUCUCCCCAAACAGUUGCCAUAAUGUUGGAAGCACUGAAUGCCCUAGAAUGCCAUUGUUUGGAGUAGAAUUAUGAUUUAUCUUCACUGGUAUUAACGGAGUAAUCAAACUCUUUAAUUAGAAGGGGGUGUCCACAUAUUUUUGGCCAUAUAGUGUAUUUAACUUUAACUGAAUGAAUGAUGGUCACCAAUAAGUCUUAUGUUUCUUAGGCAUUCUUAUCUUGGAGUUUGUUUUGUUAGUGUAAUUAGUGCGCUCUGGCGUUGAUGCACACCUCAACUCAGGGAGACUAUUUUAAACCAUUUUUAUGUACUAUACAGGAUUCCAGGAAACAGUUCCCAUUGAUAUCUUGCUAAUUUACAAGCACAUAGUUCGAACAACUUAAAGAACCGAUGUUUUGGGUUAAUAAGAUGCUCUAUUGUCGAUUCCAGCAUUUAUGACUAUAGCUGUGAGAACUGGGAGAGUUGAAAAAGGAUGACAAAAAGUUUCAAAUUGUGACAAUAAUGUUUCUACUUCAAAUCUUCAGGGAUAGUUCUGCAUAUUUUGAAAUGUGGAGCAUUCAACUACAUUUGUAAGACCGUGUCAAUACUGUGUCAAUUUCUGUAUUUUAAUGAAAGAAAAGCAAAACACUAGUUUCCUACGAAAUAAAUUUUACGAGAGUGCGUUCCCAUUUCAAAACAACACCUUCGACAAAAAGAGUCAAGAGAUGUACGUUGAAGAAUUGUACUUUUAAGUUCGAGUUUUUGAAAAAAAAGAAAGGAAAAAAAAAAAGAAAAAAAAAACAUUCUAGUAAGCGCAAAAUGUAUAAACAAAUAAGAUAAAAGCUCAUACCCAAAUUUUCUGACUAUUUUCUAAACCAAAGCACAUUGAUUGAUUGAUUGAUUGAUUGACAGCUUGUCUGACAUAAAGAUACUUGUGCAUAAAAUCUCAUUGUUUACAUAAACUCUUACAGUUGCAGACCUCAGGUGAGGGGAGGCCAGUUUGAAUAUGCUUCUGUGUAGGUCACCAUCUUAAAACGGAAGUGAAACAAAUCGUAACUGUGUCUUACCCUGUUGACGUAGCCAAAUGCUUUGAGCUGGCUUCUACAUUAUGGAUUUUACCACUUGAUUUACGAUUGGCCCUUUAAAAUGUGCAGAGAUAUCCCUUAUGAAAAUCAUAUCGUCGUUGAACUCAAUAUUUGUAUGAAUCUGCUGCUUUUUUCUUUUUAAAUAUGUAAAUACGCAUGAAUAACUACGUUCUCAUUUACCUCAAAGAAACUUUUUAGGACUUGCUGCAUAUAUAGUAUAUAUAAAUAUAAAUAAAUAUAUUUUAUUUUUGAUUUUUUUGAGAGCUUAAUCGGUUUAUUUUUUUCUUUCCGUCUUAUUAUUUUGUUUUUAAUUUGUUUUUAUGUAUUCUGAGCUGCCUGUUUUAAUUUGUCCACAAAAGAAGCAAGUUAAAAAGCGACUGGCCUCUCCUCUCUCA